AUACCCCCGUCUUCACUAUACAAGCAACAGAUGAUGAUGGUGACAAACUGACUUUUUCACUCACUGAGCCCAAUGCUGCCUUUUUCUCAGUUGACCCAGCUACUGGGGUCGUAUCAGUCCAACAAAAACUAGACAGAGAGACUAAGAAUGUAAUUCAACUUGGAAUUCUUGUCUCGGAUGGUGUCAAUGAGGAUGGUGGAGGCAAAUGUCAUUUUGCUGAAACAAAUGUCCACUCCAGCACUACAUUUGCCUUCAUUACGGUUCAGGACAUGCCAGACCUCGACCCACAGUUCCUCGCCCUUCCCUACAUAGGGAGCGUUGACGAGAAUUCACCUGUGGGCCAGUCUGUGUUACAAGUGUCUGCCGUGGACGGGGACACAGGAAUCAAUGAUGUUGUAACCUAUAGCAUUCAAGAUUCUACACCCGAUGGCCUGUUUGCAAUCUCACCUAAUGAUGGCACCAUAUCUAUACUGUCAAACAUCGACAGAGAAGUUGUUGGUGAUAGUGUGACUCUGACUGUAAAGGCCACUGAGUCCAAACCAAACAUCAACGGGAUCCUUGCCAGCGCCACAGCAACAGUAGUGAUCAACAUCGUUGACCAGAAUGACAACAAGCCUUUGUUUUACAAGUGUGCCGACGAGCUCUCCUGUGUGCUCGCAACUGACUUCACCGGAGAGGUCGAUGAGCACUUUCUGGGGUCUAUUCCUCUCAACAUGAUGGUCAAAGAUCUGGAUAGGGUGAAGGCUUUCGAUCAAGAAGACACCAACUUCCACUCCACUGCCACUGUUACUAUUAACAUAAGGGACACCAACGACAACAGUCCCAAGUUCCAAGAGGGCACAUAUAAGUUGCAGGUGGCUGAACACUCUGCUGUUGGGACAAAAGUGGCCACAAUUACCGCAGAGGAUCCUGACACCAUGGAUCAAGGCCGCAUCACCUACAAACUUCUUCCAGACAGCAUACUGCAGUACUUUGACGUGAACUCGACUACCGGAGAAGUUUACGUGGUAAGCGACGUUCUGUUGGAUCGCGAGGUCAGAUCUCAGUUUUCAGCCACUCUGGAGGCCAGAGACGCGGACGACAAGCCCGGCACCACAAUGCUGGAGAUCACUGUGACUGACAUCAAUGAUCAGGCCCCGGUCAUCAACAGAGAUUCUUACCUGGAGUUUGUUAAAGAGGGUGGAAACCUUGAAGUUCAGAUACAGGCUACUGAUGGAGACGACCCCGAUACAGAAAACAGCCAAAUUGUGUUCGCGAUCAAGCCGAGCGAGUACAGUUAUUUGUUCACAAUAGAUCCUGACACUGGGGUGUUAACAAAUACUGGUGAGCUGGAUCUUGAGGCCCUGGAUCCAAGGCUGAACGGGAGGAUCGAACUCAUCGUAACGGCCACUGACAAGGGUGUACCCCCACUGUCCUCCUCCACCACCGUUAUCAUCAGUGUCGAAGAUGUCAAUGACAACAAACCAGAAUUUACGUCAACAUCUUACAAUUUCACUGUGAGAGAAGGAGAAAAAGGUGCAUUCGUGGGUUCCAUUUAUGCUGUGGAUUUGGAUCAGACAGUAGACUUCAACCGCAUUUCUUUCAGCAUCAUCAAUGGAAGUUUUGGCAGCUUCAUCAUCCGAACCGCUGCAGAACCAGCGGGUUACAGGGGAGACAUCACAGUGGACCCGGACAGCGAGCUGGACUACGAGAGCGAUCGCAACCAGUUCAGAAUGUGGGUGGAGGCAGCAGAUCUGGAGCAGGAGACAGCUCUGGUGUUGGUGGAAGUGGACGUGUUGGACGUGAACGAUGAGAGGCCCGAGUUCAAACCGGCGUCGCCUGUGACAGUGGAGGAGAACACCGACACCAGCGACGCCGUGGGGAAAUUCACAGCAACUGACAAAGACGGCAACCAUUCCCUGGUCUUCGAACUGGUGUCCAUCAAAUGCAGGUGUAAUGACUCCAUGACACCCUGCGACUGGUUCAUCCUCGAUUCAACGGGCGAUAUUAGAGUCAACCCAGAGGAGACAGUGGAUUACGAGGAAUGCGACCAGGCGGAGGUGGAGGCUCAGGUGGUGGAUGAGUACACAGAGAAGGGCGAGAACAACAGCCUCACAACAGGGAAAAUUGUGAUCAACAUUGCUGACGUCAACGACAACGCUCCAGAAUUCCUUCCCACAGAUUCUGUAUUUGAUGAAGUCCGAUUUCAAGACACAAACAGUGAGACUCCCAAUGAACCUAUCCCAGAUCUACCGUUUGAUGUCGUCACCUCACAGGACGGUGACGUUUAUAUUGGGACGAUUCAAACUUCCAAGCCGCUUGAGGUGACGGUGAAAGGGAAGUAUUUGGUCAGGGUAAAUGCAACUGAUAGCGGGGGGCUCUGGGCCAGCACCGUCCUGGAGAUUUUCAAUAUUGACGAAUCCUACAAAGUUGAACUUGAAUUUAGGAUUACUGCUGAAGACGUUCGGGAAAAGGAAGAUGAAAUCAUCAGGGCUUCAGACAGAGCCAUCAUGGUGGCAUAUUUUGUCUACACCAACGGGACAGCUCUUACUUCUGAUGAAGUGGAAAUCAAGCUGUCUGAUCCUCAAUAUUUUCCUACACUGGGCUCACUUGGCCUUGAUAACAUUGGUGGGGUUGUAAUAAAUGAGCCAGUGGUAGACACGUUGAGAUACAUCUUGCUUGGGGUGGUGGGAGGUCUCGUCAUCGUGCUGGCUGUCCUCACCACUUCACUGAUGUGCACUCGCAGAACGUACAAGACGAAGCUGAAGGCAGCUAAAGCCAUGAACUCUGCGUCGAUGGUGACUUCUAACAACCAGAUAAGUGGUCCAGUGGUACCUGGAACCAACAAGUACACCAUGGAGGGUGCGAAUCCUGUACUCAACCUCAACAUCGACACAACCUUGAGCCUGGACAUAGAUCAGGAGAGCUCAGACGUGGACAAAGUCAGCCUCGACUCUCUAGACAACAGCUAUGAAAUGGAAACUUCUGAAAUGGACACAAAACAUAACAUGCAUAUGAUCGAAGAGGAGGAAGAGGAUGAUCAGCUACCUGAGUACAUUGAGCCUCUGGGUGCAGCGCUGGCCCAACGAAACCCAAAGACAAACUCCAGCAGAUAUAAUGGGGGGUUUACAAACCAUGCAUUCAACACUACAGACCUGUGA